CACUGCGCAGAAUCGCGGCGGGCCGUGACCCGGAAGUGCUCGCGGGCCCCGCCCCGUUCCUCCGAUAUCGCGGCCGGGGGACGAGGCACUUCCUUUCUGCCUCGCGCUCCCGGCGGCAGCAGGUGCGGCUUCGACAUGCAGAACGACGCCGGCGAGUUCGUGGACCUGUACGUGCCGCGGAAAUGCUCCGCCAGCAACCGCAUCAUCGGGGCCAAGGACCACGCGUCCAUCCAGAUGAACGUGGCCGAGGUCGACAAGGUCACGGGCAGGUUUAACGGGCAGUUCAAGACGUACGCGAUCUGCGGCGCCAUCCGCAGGAUGGGGGAGUCGGACGACUCCAUUCUGCGGCUGGCCAAGUCCGACGGCAUCGUCUCGCAGAACUUCUGAGCGGACGGGCGUGGCGCAUCGUGGCAAAUAAAGGAUAAACGGUGGAGA